AUGUCUUACUAUCCGCCCUACUCGGGUGCGCCGGGUUACCCCCCGCAGCAACCAUCUUAUCCCCCGCAACAGCAACAGUACCCACAGAUGAAUCAUCAACAGCAGCCCUCCUACGGUGGCUAUCCCGGCCAGUCCUACCACCACCAGCAGCCCCCGCAAUCCAACUACGGAUACAACCAUCCCCCGCAACAGUCCUACGGCGCCCCGCAGCAACAGCAUGGUUAUAAUGCUCCCCCGUCCGGAUACCAGCAGCCCUCCGGGCCUCCAAUGCAGCAAGGAAGACCAGCUUACAGCCAAGGCGUCCCAGCGCCUCCUCCUAGCAACCCCGUUUCGUUCGGUCAUGGCGCACCACAAGGUUAUAGUUUCCAAUAUUCACGAUGCACGGGCAAAAGAAAGGCGCUUCUGAUUGGAAUCAACUACUUUGGUCAAAAGGGCCAGCUGCGCGGAUGUAUCAACGACGUCAAAAACAUGUCGACCUAUCUGAACCAGAACUUUGGCUAUGCCCGUGAGGAUAUGGUUCUUUUGACUGAUGACCAGCAAAAUCCCAUGAGCCAGCCAACAAAGGUCAACAUUCUUCGCGCUAUGCACUGGCUGGUCAAGGAUGCUCAACCCAAUGACUCUUUGUUCUUCCACUACUCCGGCCACGGCGGCCAAACGCCCGAUCUCGAUGGCGACGAGGAAGAUGGAUACGACGAAGUGAUUUACCCCGUAGACUUCAGAGCCGCCGGCCACAUCGUGGACGACGAAAUGCACCGCAUCAUGGUGCAGUCCCUCCGACCGGGCGUCCGCCUCACAGCAAUCUUCGACUCCUGCCACUCCGGCUCAGCCCUGGAUCUCCCCUACGUCUACUCCACCUCAGGAGUACUCAAGGAGCCCAACCUGGCCAAGGAAGCCGGCCAAGGGCUGCUAGGUGUCGUAUCUGCAUAUGCGCGCGGCGAUAUGGGCAGCAUGAUGUCGACCGCGAUGGGCUUCAUCAAGAAAGCCACCAAGGGCGACGAAGUGUACGACCGUAACCUGAAGACCAAGACCAGUCCUGCGGAUGUCAUCAUGUGGUCUGGCAGCAAGGAUGAUCAGACCAGUCAAGAUGCUCAGAUUGCUGGCCAGGCUACGGGUGCUAUGUCUUGGGCUUUCAUUGCGGCUUUGCGGAAGAACCCCCAGCAGAGUUAUGUCCAGCUCCUGAACAGUAUUCGUGAUGAGCUUUCUACCAAAUAUACCCAGAAGCCUCAGCUGAGCUGCAGUCACCCUUUAGAUACCAACAUUCUCUAUGUGAUGUAA